AUGAUAGUGUUGGAUGAUAUUUGGAGCACGAAAGUCUGGGAUGAGAUAAGGAUGUAUUUCCCGGACAAUAGUAAUGGGAGUAGGAUUGUGAUCACCACUAGGGUGUCUGAUGUGGCUUUUUAUGUUGCGGGAUCGAAGAGUUUGCAUCACGUGCGGUUGUUGAACAAGUCUGUGAGUCGGGAUCUACUUUGUCGCAUUGUGUUUGGAGAAGAGGAUUGCCCUGACGAAUUGCAAGAGGUUGCAGCUAAGAUUGGGAGUGAUUGUAGUGGGCUUCCUAUUGCCAUUCAUGUGAUUGGAGGGCUCUUGUCAAAGGUUGAAAGAUCAAGAGAUAUUUGGGAGAAUGUUUCAACAGAUGUAAAAACUUCAAUUGUUGAAUCCGAUGAGCAAGGGUUCUCCAAUAUACUUUCCUUGAGUUAUAACCACUUGUCGUUUCACUUGAAACCAUGUUUCUUAUAUAUGGGAGCCUUUCCAGAGGAUUACAUAAUUAAGGGAUCUAGACUUAAGAGUUUGUUGAUAGCCGAGGGAUUUGUGAAAUCCAAUAGAGAUAAGAGUUUGGAGGAAGUGGGCGAGGAUUACUUAAAAGCUCUUGUGGAUAGGAAUCUAAUUUCGGUUAGACGAAAAAACACCAAUGGGAAACCAACGAGUUACUCAAUCCAUGAUUUAUUGAGGGAUCUAUGCUUAAGUAAGGCUAAUGAGGAAAAGCUUUUAAUCCUCAAGGAUUCCAUGCGCCGUGUAAGUGUCCAGACAUGUUAUGAAAUAGAAGAUGAGUGUGCUUCACUCGAAUUGAUGUUGUUUGCUCGGUCUUUUAUAUGCACUGGUGAAGAGAUUAUUUCUCCUGUCUAUUCCAUAUUAAGACUAGUUAGGGCACUAGAUGUAAUGGGAAUGGUAUUUGAGGCAUUCCCGGGAGAAAUAUUACAGCUUGUUAACCUACAUUACUUAGCCUUCUCCUGCACUUCGGGUGUACCUAUUGGAAUAUCAAGAUUGUGGAAUCUGCAAACCUUGAUUUGUGGACAACCGAUUACGCUUAAUUUGCCCUCUGAAAUAUGGGAGAUUUCUGAGUUAAAGACAUCUCAGGUUGCUCACAGUAAUCGAAGUUGGGGAAGGAUACAAGAUAAGAUUUAUUCAUAA